AUGGCGGGCGUAACAAAUGAACGGUAUUGUACAGUGUUGCUACAACAAGUGACUGGGGAAAAAGCAUUACCUACAUCACAAGAAGAGAUUCUUAAAGAGCUUGAAUCGCCUAAGGUGGAGCUUAAAAUUCGCGCUGUAAAGAGUGCGAUCUUAGCGUUACUUCAGGGUGAAAAAUUACCUAAAGUGUUGAUGCAUAUUAUUCGAUUUUGCUCAACGCAAAGUGAUCAUACACUUAAGAAGUUAUUAAUGGUGUACUGGGAGAUAGCACCUAAGUACGAACAACCACCUACGGGCGUAUUACCUUCUGAUAUGCCCAAGAUAUCACCGAAAUUACUACCUGAAAUGAUUCUUGUCUGUAAUGCCCUUUUAAAUGAUCUAAAUCAUCCAAAUGAAUACAUUCGUGGUUGUAUGUUACGUUUUCUAUGCAAAAUCAAGGAAAAAGAUAUUUUGGAACCAUUAAAAGACGCAAUUAAGAGCAAUUUGGAACAUCGUCAUUCUUACGUGAGAAAAAAUGCAGUAAUGACAGUUUAUAACAUGUAUAAUACUUUUGGCGAUGUAUUAAUACCGGAUGCACCAGAAUUAAUUGAACGUUUUAUAGUGAAUGAAACGGAUGCAGGAGCUAGACGAAAUGCUUUUCUUAUGCUCAAUGAUUGUGCUCAAGAUCGAGCAGUAACGUUUUUGAUGAAUACGAUGGAUCAAGUGCCGAAAUUUGGUGAUGGUUUUUCUCUUGUGAUAUUGGAAAUGACACGUAAAGUGUGUCGUCAGGAUCCUGCACAGAAAGCCCGUUUUGUACGUUGCAUCUUUCAAUUACUUAAUUCAUCAUCUCCUGCUGUAAGUUAUGAAGCGGCGUGGACGCUUGUGACACUUUCAGCGGCUCCAACGGCUAUGCGUGCUGCUGCUAAAACAUAUUGUGGGCUGCUUAACUCACAGAGUGACAAUAACGUCAAGUUGAUUGUGUUGGAUCGUCUUGCGGACCUCAAGAAACACCAUACGAAAGUUCUGCAAGAGAUUUUGAUGGAUGUCAUGCGAGCACUCAGCUCGCCGAGUCUUGACAUUUGCAAGAAAGUGUUGGAGAUUGCGAUGGAUCUUGUUUCGGUGCGGAAUAUUGACGAGGUGGUGACUCACUUGAAGAGAGAGGUAGUCAAGACACAAGAUAAGACGCGCGAAAAAGCUGGCGAGUACCGACACCUGCUUAUUAAAGCUAUUCACGCAUGCGCUGUCAAGUUUCCUGAAGUUGCCAACUCUGUAGUGCACCUGCUGAUGGAGUUUCUCAGCCAGCCGGAUGGCGCUAUGGAUGUCGUGCUCUUCGUGCGUGCGAUGUGCGAAAGUUACCCAGAGUUGCGCGAGAGUAUUUUGCAAAAGCUGAUGAUCUCUUUUACUGACAUUUCGCUGGCGAAGGUGUAUCGUGUGGGUCUUUGGAUCCUCGGUGAAUACGCUACUAUGCCUCGAGAAGAUGGGACGGAUAGCGGCGAUACGUCUAUAUUUGAGGCUGCUAGCGCCAUUUUCGGCGCUAUCGGCAGUCUACCGUUGGCUACGGAAGCGAUGCUCAGGGCACCCAAUGACAAUCCAGAUGGUGCAGAAGAUCCAGCCGCGACAGUUGCUGCUUAUUCGAAACCUGUCACUAAGAGCGUUGUCUUAGCCGACGGCACGUACGCAACAGAAACGUCAUAUUCUGCACCUGCUGUGAAAUCAGCAGCGACUGAAGAAGAGAAUGUUCCGGGUUUACGGCGUUUGUUACUGAAUGGAGACUUUUUCCUUGGUGCAGCUAUAGCUUCGGCGUUGACCAAGUUGUGUCUGCGUGUGUCAAACGGCGAUGUUGCAGGCGGUACUGCUCGUAAUGCUGCUAUCAAGAAGCUGGUUGUGGAUUCUACACGAAACAUGUGUGCUAUUGUGGCCUAUGGGCAAUCCAAGGCGAGCAAGCAUGAGAUCGACCAAGAUUCUGCACGUCGCAUCCUCAUGUGUGUGCGUGUACUGCUAGACCCGGCAAGCGCUCAGGCUACCCACGCGAUUAUUACAGAGGAAUGCCGUGCUGCGUACCGCAACCUUCUCGACAAUCAAAAGGCACACGAGGCAGAAGCUGCGCGUGCUGUGGCAGGUGGUGCUGAUGGCCACCCGGUGGCUCAUGCAGACGAUUUAAUCAACUUUCGACAGCUGCGUGGAAAAAAGGCCUUGGGCUCAACUGAUAUUGACAUUGACGACGGUGCCGACAUUAACCGUGCUCUUGGCCAGCAGAGUGACGGUUCUGAUAACGAAUAUGCCGGUGGGAUGCGUCACGUGCACCAGUUGACAGGGUUUGCGGACCCAGUGUACGCUGAAGCUAAUGUUACAGUCCACGACUAUGAUAUUGUGCUGGAAAUUUUGGUGGUAAACCGCAUUCCUCAGACACUUACUAACCUGACGGUGGACUUGUCUACUAUUGGUGACCUCAAGCUCGUGGAGCGUCCUCAGCCGCAUACCAUCGGGCCCCUUGACCAGCGCACGAUCCGCGCCAACAUCAAGGUGAGCUCUACUGAAACGGGUCACAUUUUCGGUACUAUCGUGUACGAUUCGGCAUCAGGUGCUGAGAAGACGUACAUUAAUCUGAACGAUAUUCAUCUCGACAUCAUGGACUACAUCAAGCCCGCUACGUGCACAGAUGCAGCUUUCCGUGCUAUGUGGGCCGAAUUUGAGUGGGAGAACAAGGUAGCCGUGCACACAGAGUUGUCAAAUGUCUUCGAGUUCUUACAGCACGUGGCAGACAAGACGAACAUGCGUUGCAUGACGCCCACGGCAUCGCUUUGUGGUGAUACGAACUUUUUGGCUGCAAAUCUGUACGCCAAGAGUGUAUUUGGUGAAGAUGCGCUCGUGAAUCUCAGCGUCGAGAAGCAGGACAGCGGUCGUAUUGGUGGUUACAUCCGCAUUCGCAGUAAGACUCAAGGCAUUGCACUUAGCUUAGGCGAUCGCAUCACAGCUGUGCAGCGCAGCAAGGAUGACCAAGGCAAGCGUAAGAAACUUUUUGCUUAG